ACGCUCGCGACGUUGUCAUGGUGAACAUGCUUGAGCGUCGCGUUUUCAUCGGGGAAACAAUCAGUUGUAAACAUGUCGAUAUAAGCUACAACGGUGCGAUUUGUUCGGUUUCAACUGAGACGAGGCCUUUUGUGUUUAUGUUAUGCAUGUGAAAAAGCCAUCUGUGUCAAGAUGUGGAGUCGUGGAGGAAGGAGUUCAGUUCUGGACCGGGCGAAAGCUCAGCUCUCUGGACAGAGACUCUCAAACAACGGGAUUUCAAAGGACAAGAGAGAUGUGGAAAACUCUGGAAAAUUCAUGACACCGUCCAAGCAGAUGCAAUUCCAGGACCUGAGCGACGUCCUUUCACCAUCAGAGAGUGAAAACCAGGAACCUGUGAAGACGACAACAUUGGAGAGUUUCACCAUGGGUGGCGGGAGCCGAUUUCUGAAGAAGACCUCUAAAGAUCCCACUGGAGAAAGACUGUCAUCUGCUCCUAGAGGAACACCUGCAGAGACAGAUGAAUUCAAGUUCAUACCUCAACGCAGUUCACAAAGCGCAGCUUUGAGCAGACUAGCGCUCAUCGAGAACCGCAUCAGAAACCAAAAAAGCAAAAGCGACGGCCCCAGCAUCCAUACAAACCUCUCAGAACCACAAGAGACGCGUUUAUCUGUUCAAUCCAGCAGCGAUCUGAGCAUGACAGGGAGUCGCUUUCUAAAGAAGAGGACGGUGUCCACACCUCAAGAGGAGAAGGUUCCUGAGAGAGCGUCUGGUCUGAAUGAACGUAAAGAAAGUAGAAUCAGUUUAGACAGUGAUGAACAGGACAUCCGACAACUUCUAGGAGAUUCUCUUAGCUUAUCAGAGGGUUCCUUGCAAAAUGCAGUGAGGCAGAAGAGUCCUCAACCAGUUAAAAAGUUAUACAAGAAGAUCAGUGAAAAGUCCACCAUACCUUCGCCAACUCCUCAAAGACAUAAAGUUCUCAGCCAUCAAAGUUUUUCUCCUCCACCCAGCAGAACUGAGUCACGCAUGGUCCGGUUCACCGAACAUUCAGUGUCCUCUGAAACUGAUCACAGUGAGGUUCAGUCUUUGGACGAUCUUUUUCCUGUUGCUGCGGCACCUGAUUCUGAUGAUACUCUGAGCGAGAGGAGUGCAGCAUCGGAUGAUUUCAAAUUGAACGUAAUGACACUGGAUGAUCUUGCUCCUAUGCCUUUUGAAGCAGCUGAAAUUUCAAAAGAAAAGAAAGAAACACAAGCCAGAACAGAAGAUAGAAACAAGAAGUCAUCUAACAUCACAAAGGUUGCUUCACCACCCGCAUCAGAAGAGGUCUCAGCUGACUACGAGAGUGAUUUUGAGAGUGAAAUCCAUUCUGAAACACCACAGAGCGCUAGUGAGAUCUCAGGACGUCUCACAGAUAAAGACAAAGAUGCCUCACUGAUUAGUGAGGCCCAGUACAGCUCAUACAAAUCCCAGGAUGGCAACGACGAUGACGACUGUACUUUAUCACAAUCAUCAUCAUCCAGUCACCACUCAGACUCUUCCUCGAGGUCUAGCUCGUCAAAUGCAACGGUCACACGCGGCCCUAGUCCUGGCCGUCACAUGAAGGAGGUUGCAAUACAGACUCAGGCAGAUGGACUAACUUACGCAUGGUCUUCUGGUAUGGCUGCUGUUGGUCCAUCAAUUGGCAUGACGUACGUGGACCCCACCCCAAUAGCCAGUCACACAGUCAGCGCUGAAGCCAUUGAGAGUUUGACAGCAUACAAUCCUGCCGUUUUUGCACUCAACGACAUGUUGCGGCAGCAGUUGGCCCUCACGAGAGCAUUCAUUGACUCCACUAGACGUCACUACACAUCAGUGAUCGAGUCACUGGAACCUGCAGACUACAAAUACACCACACUAGAGGAAGCUAAAGAGUUUAUUCAUGCCCACAGACCACCCAAAGUGAGUAUUGAAGAUGCAUUAGAGGAAGUUCUACAAGAAAUGAGAGACUAUCAUUACAGCUGACUGAACAUUAUGGAUGCAUCAUCUAUAGAUCAAAAACAGCCAACAUUUUUUUCAAUCAUUGUUCAUGCAAUAACAUGCCAAAAUAAACCAGCAUUUUUUAGUACCUGUUUGUUGUGCUUCUCGUCAAUCA